AUGCCAAAUAAGACAUCUAUCACAGAAUUUAUUCUUCUGGGACUUACAGAUGACCCAGAGUUACAAAUUGUGAUAUUUUCUUUUUUGCUGGUAACAUACCUACUGAGUGUUAGUGGAAACAUGACCAUCAUUACAUUGACUCUGUCAAAUGUUCACUUGAAAACUCCCAUGUAUUUCUUUCUCAGGAAUUUCUCUUUCUUGGAAAUCUCUUUUACAACAGUCUGCAUUCCGAGAUUUCUGAUCAGCAUUGCUACAGGGAACACAGCUAUUUCCUACAAUGCUUGCAUGGCCCAAGUGUUUUUUUUGAUCCUUCUGGGAGCAACAGAAUUUUUUCUACUGGCUGCAAUGUCCUAUGAUCGUUAUGUGGCCAUCUGCAAACCUCUGCACUACACAACUAUCAUUAGCAACAAAGUCUGCAAUCAACUUGUAAUUGCCUCCUGGUCAGCUGGUUUCCUCAUCGUUUUCCCCCCAGUGAUCAUGGGCCUUCAACUGGAAUUCUGUCACUUCACCUGUGACUCUUCUCCCAUGCUGCAGAUUGCACUGCACUUCACCUGUGACUCUUCUCCCAUGCUGCAGAUUGCUUGCACAGAUACAAAGGUUUUAGAGCUGAUGGCAUUUUUCUUAGCAGUAUUUACUCUCAUAGUAACUUUGGCCUUGGUGAUUCUCUCCUACACACUCAUCCUUAGAACAAUUCUGAAGAUACCCUCUGCACAGCAAAGGAAAAAGGCCUUUUCCACUUGUUCCUCCCACAUGAUUGUGGUUUCCAUUUCAUAUGGAAGCUGCAUUUUUAUGUAUGUAAAAACAUCUGCUAAAGAAGGUGUGGCACUAAGUAAAGGGGUGGCUGUGCUCAACACCUCUGUAGCUCCCAUGCUGAAUCCCUUCAUUUACACCCUAAGGAACCAGCAGGUCAAGCAGGCAUUCAAGGACCUCACCAAAAAAUUACUACCUUCAAAGGAGGGCUGA